GAGGACAGGUUUUCGGAUGAGGACAUGUUGCAGCCUCGGCAGGUCAGUGAUGGAGAGACGAGGAGAUUUCACUUCCUGGACAUCAUGACUUCAGAUCAGUGAAACCAUGCGGCUGUGUGGCGCUCCGUAGCCGCCCCCGUGCCCCGCCUCCCACCUGAUCACCUCUCCACCUCCGUCCUUCUCCGUCCCGUUCGCCAUGACGACCCCUGUGGAGCUGCUGCCGUCCCAGCCCGACCAGGAGCUGAGUCCCGGGCGCCCGGAUGGCUGCGAGGACAUCGGCGGCCGCUACAAGGUGGUUCCCUCGGUGGUCUGCUCCAUGUGCUGCCUCUUCGGCAUCAUUUACUGCUUCUUCGGCUAUCGCUGCUUCAAAGCGGUGAUGUUCCUGACGGGCCUGAUGUUUGGCUCCGUCGUCAUCUUCAUGCUCUGCUACAAGGAGCGCGUCCUGGACACCCAGCUGAGCGUUGAGGCCUCGAUGGGCAUCGGCCUGGGCAUCGGCACGCUCUGCGGCCUGGUCACCAUGCUGGUUCGCAGCGUGGGCCUCUUCAUGGUGGGCCUGCUGCUGGGCCUGCUCGUGGCCGUGGCCACCCUGGUGGGCAUGGAGGAGCUCUCCGACAGCCCGUCCCGCUCCGUCUGGGUGACCCUCGGCGUGCUGCUGGGCCUCGGCAUGCUGUUCGCCGUGCUCACCCUGCAGUGGCAGCGCCUCUUCACCACGCUGUCCACGGCCAUGUUCGGGGCUGCAGUCAUCACCGUGGCGCUGGACUACUUCGUGGAGCUCUUCGCCCUGGUGCUGUACAUGUACGAGCGGAUCAAAGUAGCACCCGGCAAGCCCGUGUGCUGGCUGACGUGGGUGGUGCUCGGGGUGUGGCCCGCCCUCACGCUGCUGGGCGUCAUGGUCCAGUGGAAGGUGACCGCCGAGGGAUACUCGCAUACCAAGGUGAUCAUCAGCCGCCAGCAGAGGAGGAUGCAGGUGAUGCGGAUUCGUCAGCGAGACGAUCGCUAUCGCAACAAGAAGAAGAAGAAGCAGCAGCACGGCUCCUCCUCCUCCUGUCACAAUAGCAACCAGGCCAAGCAACUCCACCCUGAGCCCGCCUACCGCCGCAAGCCCAACCCCAUCCGCCGCUACGACACCGACGUCCUCUCGCCGAGCUACAUCCAGAGUUUCCGAGAGCGGCAGGUGCAGGUGCAGCCCGUCCCGACCCGUCUGGUCGGCCGACCCCACACCAUGGUGGACAUCAGCUACGACCGAGACUCCACCACGCCCCUCACCGCAGCUGCAGGACCUUCACUAAAUGUCUAAGUACCCCCCCCCCCCCCAGUCUCCCAGAGGCCUGAACACACCACUCAGGACACCCCAGGGAGACCACUACCCCACCUGGGUGUCAUCACGCCUGUGCUGGAACGACCCCACCGCUGGGUUUCAAUGCAAAGACUCUGGGUUUAAACACAAUCUGGGUUUAGCCACACCCCUCAGAGGAGGAAAAUAUAUUUAGGGCUGGAUUUACCCACAAUGCAAAUCACGUUUAACCCUUUUACUGAUUACAUUUUGAAUUGUAAAGCUGGUGCAGAGGUUUGGUUGACCUCUUCUCACUGUCUAUCGGUAGAGUCACGCGCACAAAAUGCAGGCAUGCACUCACAAAAAAACACACACCGCAGCUACGAUCUUCAGGGUCGAUGUACCGGGCCCACACCUUUUUGUCACCGCCUCAAGUCAAAACCAGAUCAGGGAUUUCAGUUUCAGUGCAAACCCGCCUCAGGUUCAAACACAGGCAUCAUAUAAUAUAUAUAAUUAUGUAACUGAAAUACACCUGUUUCUACUGCUGUCGCCGAUUUUCAACUGAUGGUGCAGAAUUAACUAGUUCCUCCGCCUGUAGGCGUCUUAAAGGUCCAACAAAGAUCCUCCAUAAAGGGACGUAAGGGAUCCUUAAAUGCAAACCGGGACAUUUUUUUUGCUUUCUGUGCCAUCUGGACCACAAAAAUCCUCCU